AUGGGGGCGGGGAGCAACCCGUGGUCCAUCUGGUCGGACGGCCUGCUGCUCCCGGUGUGGUUCAUCCGCCUGAUCCUCUUCGACGUGCUGCUCUGGGACGUGUCACCGCCAGUGCUGGUGGGCGACGCGCUGUGGUUUUCUGUCAUGGCUGUGAUGUGCCGUGUCCACUCGCUGGCGCUUGCUGCUCUGGUGGCCUGCCAGGUCGGCUCCCUGUUUUUGAUUUUCGGGAUGAAGGGCCUCUUCAGCUUCGACGACUUCAGCACGGUCCGAUUCGGCAUGUACAGCGUGACCAUGCUGGUCAUCGUGGCGUGUGCGUACUUCCUCGACGAGCAGAGUCGCCUGCAGUCCUUCGGCCAGCUGACGUCCCUGGAGGACAGGAACGCCAGGCUCGCCGACCAGCUGCUCCGGUGGAAGUUCAUCCCCAGCCCAGGCAGCCAGACGCUGCACGGGCACGGGAACUGCGGCUCCGUCGACGACGACGCCUCUCGCAGGGGCUCCUCCCAGAGCUCGGCGCGCAGCAUCCUGAGGCGCGGGGGCGCCGGCGCGGCGGGUCAGGUGGGCCUGGAGAGGGCCGGCCUCAGCGUGCGCUUCAGGACGCCGGGGCCAGACCCGAGCACGCUGGUGCAGACCAGCCGGCCGCGCAGCGGCAGCUUCCUGGUGAGGGAGCAGGCGACGCCCCUGAACCUGCACGACGUCAUGGAGUGA